ACUGUUUGGUACGGGGCCGCAUUACCGGGGGAGUCAUUCAACAGGGCACACUCUUUCUCCAUUCACGCUCUGAUCAUUUCAGCAUCGCGGCAAUCUCUACUUUAUUUGGCAAAAUGAACCUGGCCCUUUGUGUGGAAAUUUGUAACUUCUCGUGAAAAGAUUUCAACUUUUCUUUUUUUUUCACCAAGUUAAAUCUGUUCUUACUGUAAACAGAACAUUUUAUUACAGUGAAAAGACAAUUUUUUGACAAAAGUGAAUCGUUUUAAUUCAAGAAAUUUAUUACACAAUUUGAUAAGUAUGCAGAGAAUGCAAAAAUAUUGAAUAAAAUAUAUAUCAUUCGUUAUGGAAGGAUCUUGGCUCACGUUAAUUCUGUCAAUGUGUUUGAUGACGAUCAUCUUGCUGUUACUAGUGCGACGAGGAAAGUUUUUGUAUACUCUGAGGAAAGUGCCGUAUCCUCCUGCGCUUCCUAUCAUUGGUAAUGCGUAUCAACUAUGCUGCAGUCCGGAAGAAGCAUUCAAGAAAAUGAUCAAAUGGGGACAAGAACUGGGAGAUAUAUAUCUUGUUUGGGUAGGCAUGCGCCCCUUUAUUUUUCUCUACAAAGCAGAAGCAAUACAACCAUUGUUAAGCAGCAGUAUUCACAUAGACAAAAGUUUGGAGUAUAAAUAUUUACAACCCUGGCUUGGUAGUGGUUUAGUAACUAGCACUGGCGAAAAAUGGCACUUUCGAAGAAAAUUGCUUACACCAACUUUCCAUAGCGGUCUUUUGGAAGUAUAUUUAAAGACAGCUAUCAGAGAAGCGGAGGUAUUAAUAUCUUGUCUCAGGAAAGAAAUUGGUAAACCAGCAUUUGACAUUGUACCAUACGCUAAAAGAGCGACAUUGGAUGUAAUAUGCGAUAGUUCCAUGGGAUGCAAUGUCAACGCACAAACAAAUUUCAAAAAUGAAUAUGUACAAGCUAUUAAUACACUAGCAUCUAUCUCACAAAGAAGAUUUUUGAACGUUUGGAUGUCUUUUGAUCCGAUUUUUAAGCUAACUAGAUGGGGUCAAAAAUACAACCAUGCACUUGGUGUCACACACGAAUUUGUUAAUAGGAUUAUAGCAGAGAGAAAAGCCGAGUGGAAAGCUAAAAAAUAUAGAAACUGUAGUGAACAAUCUAAUAAACAUCAAGCUCUGCUAGACUUGUUAUUAGAAUUAUCACAAGAUGGUAAAGUGCUCACUGAUGAUGACAUUCGCGAUGAAGUGAACACAUUUAUGUUCGCGGGCCAUGAUACUACAGCGACCAGCGUAUCUUGGAUAUUAUAUGCACUCGGUCGACAUCCCGAAUACCAGGAAAAAGUUCUUAACGAGUAUUACGAAGUAACAAAGACAAAACAAUUAACCUUAGAUGUAUUAAGUAAAUUAACAUGGUUAGAAGCAUGUAUAAAAGAAACCUGGAGGGUGUACCCGGUAGCUCCACUUAUUGCAAGACAAAUCUAUCAUCCUAUUACUAUUUUGGGACACGAUAUUCCAAUAGGAUCUACAGUACUUGUCAAUUCGUUUUUGCUUCACCGUGACCCUCGGUAUUUUCCCGAACCAGAUACUUAUAAGCCAGAGCGCUUUUUACCCAAUGGACCAAAAUACCCUCCUUAUGCUUUUAUUCCUUUUAGUGCAGGUUCCCGUAAUUGUAUAGGUUCAAAAUACGCCAUAAUGAUAGUCAAAAUUCUUAGUCUUUUUAUAUUAAAAAAUUUUCACGUCAUAUCUUUAGAUACCGAAGAUCAACUUCGCUUUAGUAGUGAAUUAGUACUACAUAAUGCUAAUGGACUUCGAUUAAAAAUUACGCCACGGAAACAAGAACUUGAUGUAAUUAUAUUGCACAGUAUGCAUUCAAAUAAAGUUAAAGAGAAAUGUUAAAAUGAAAA